GCACGCAUCCAACAAUGCUCUUCUUCAAAUCCCAUAUUGCCACAACUUGUUCUUCUUCUUCCACCGCCUCAACUAACAUCUCUUUUCUUUCAUAUAUGGCGGUUUCCGUUGCCGUUAUACCUGAAACGACACCACUUUUCGCCGCACCUCCAGAAUCACUCACGCUUUUAUUCCCGAUUACUCUUUUCUUUUCUUCUCCUAGUUUUCCAUCCUAGUCACCAUCAUUCAUCAUCAUCUUCAUUCCUUUUCUGUGUUUUUUUCUAUCAACCCUUUUUCUUACUCUCCAAGUUUUCCCUCUUUUGUUCAAACAUGACCCCUUACAAAUUCAAAUUCAAUUUCCUCUAGUUCAUUCACACACUACUACUCACUCAUUCUUUGAUUCCUAAAAUCCUCUUUCUCUUCUUCUCUUCUUUCUGCCGCCAUGGAUCCAAGGGGUAACACUUCGUCGCCACCGUUGCCUCGUGAUUUCUCCGGCGACGACACCGACGAUUCGAUGGCUUCCGAUUGCGAGAGCGGAGUUUCCGGCGGCGAGGUGAUCGUCCGGGCGGAUGUGCGCAGCUUGGAGUCGGUUGGAAGAAGAUUCAUUGACGGACUUGGUCCUCUCGCUUCGAGAAUCCAGGUUGUAUCGAUUCGGAGGAAUAAAUUCCCUACCGUGAUUUCGCAAGCGCGUGUUGACUCGUUUCAGAUCUUCGCGCGUGCCACCGCCCAGCUCCGUCACGGGAAUGCCAACGUCAAGCACGCUUGGUAUAGCGUUUCUGGCAUGGAGGAGAUUCUCGAGAUUCUUCAACACGGUUUCGGGCAUGACCAUCAUCGUGGCCUGCGUCUCUCUCCAGAGGAUUCUCCUCACCUCAGUGUGAGAAGGUCUGUUGCUGACAAAGAUGGUUUGAGGCACUUGGUGCUGUGCCGUGUUAUCCUGGGAAGGAUGGAGGUGGUGUCUCCCGGUUCGGAUCAAUGCCGGUCGAUUUCCGACGAGUAUGAUUCCGGGGUGGAUGAUGUUUCGUCCCCGAAGGAGUACUUCAUUAGGAGUAACAGGAUGAACACACAUGUCUUGCCUGAAUAUGUUUUGAGUUUCAGGAUUCCCCCCACAGGUCGUGCUGUGAAUGUUGCUGCUGCUCGCGAGCCUUCGAGGCCGAAAUCCCCUUGGGUUCCAUUCCCAGCACUGAUUUCAGCGCUGUCCAAGAUUUUGCCUCAGCAUGAUAUGGCCAUCGUUUUGAAGCUUCAAAAAGAUUAUAGAGAAAUGAAGAUUUCAAGACAGCAAAUGAUACAAAAGUUGAGAGUGAUUGCUGGGGACAAGUUGUUGUUUCAGGUCAUUAAAUCUUUCAGAGAAAAGUUACAGAAACCACCCCCUAGCUGUAACAAAGUGAAAGAAUGGCAACAGGAAAGCCAGCAACCAACCGCUAGCUGUAACAAAGAGAGAGAAUGGCAACCGGAAAGCCAGCAAAGUGGAAUAAAUAAUUCUCUAUAUUGAGUUCUUUUAGUUUCUUACAAAAGUGCAUUAUUGUGCUUGAGUUGACACAAUAAUGCUCAUACUAAUCAUUCGUUGAGGAGGAAAGCACUGUGAGGAGCAAUGCUACAUUCGAAACUUUUUUCUGGGUUAUACAUGUUUUAUGAUGAUGAUAAUGGUGGUGUACCAGAAUAGUCUCUCUAUAUUUUAGUUGGCUAUAAUACUUGGUGGAACAGAUUAUAUAUUGGAAUAGUUCACUCCCGAAUGGAGCAUUUAUCGUGGACAUAUUAUGUUCUUUAA